AUGAUAACCAAUAUACCUAGAAUGAUGAAUGAAGAUAAUGGAUCAGACAUUGAAGCUCAGGGGAGUUUGCCGCUGCUAAUGAAUGGUGAAUUCCGUAAUUCUACGUUGAUCAUGAGGAGGUUGGCGCUCAUUCUCCGAUCUACUUACAAGUUCAUUGAAGCUGGAGCAAGAAUACCAUCUAUUUCUCGAGUCUCAUCCUCCACCACAACCUUUUAUACUCCUCUUCCCAGCUUUAAUCUUAAACAUCAAGAUGCAGAAGGUGGUGAAGAUGAAAUCCAGGUUGUUGAAAUUGUGGCUGAUCAUGAUAAUACUGUACAAUCAAACAAUGAUCACAUCGACAUUGAUCAAAGUACUCAUCAGCAAUGCCUACAAAUUAGUGAAGAGAUUGUGAAGGAGAAGAAGUUGGAUUGGAGUGAUAUUCAUGAUGUUGACAAGGGAAUUCAUGUUGGAGACAAUUCUGGUCGUCACAUGCUGAUCUUCACAGGGUACAUGAUCCGACAAUUGGUAUGCAAGGAACCAACUAUUUUUCUCCUUGCAAUUGCUGCAAUAUUGUCGUUUGCCUUUGGAAUCAAAGAAGAAGGUGUGCAGAAUGGUUGGUUUGAAGGAGCACUUCUGGUUGUGAUUAUACUUGUGAUUGUUUCGUGUAAGUUUGCACGAAAUUGGUACAAAAGACACCUUUGGAAGAAGCAAAAAGAUAACAAAGAAAGGAAGAAUUACCCCCUGUUGAUUUCUGAAACGGACCCCAGCUUUUGUGCCUGUUUUGACAAGUUGAACAAUUAUAUACAUAUUAGUGGGUUGUUGAUUGGCAUUUUGAUCACUGUGGUGCUGUUCAUUCGCUUUAAAUUGGGCCAUAAGGAUGACGAAAAUGGAUAUAGAUUAGAAACCAAGGAAGAACCAGCUGAAAUUGCACAGAUAAUGAAUGCCCUGAAAAAGGUUUUAACAGAAUCAAAGGGAACAGUAAGAGUUCUGAUAACUUUACUUGGUGUCACACUGGUAGGGAUGACUGAAGGGGUACCAUUUCUUAUUUCAAUUACAAUGGCAUAUUGGUAUCCGAAUUUUGAUGUUAAAAUGGAAUCAGUCAGCACCCUAUGUAUAGAAAAUGUUGGCUGGUUGAAAGAGCAAAAACUGGAAGUUAGUCAUUUUUUUCUUGACAAAAAAAAUGUUACCAAGAUACCGCCAGAUGUCUGCAGUGUUCUCUCAGAUGGAAUUUGUGUGUCCACUCUGACUUCUCAAACAACCGGCCAAAGAAUGGAAGAACCAAUACUCUGUUGGGCAGAGAAGAACAUGGGUAUGCAGAGAGACACUUUAGAUCAGCAGUUCAUAAUAGUGAAGGACAAUGAUAGUGAGAUGAAUCCUUUUGAAGGACCUUGUGGAGUUGUCAUAGAGAAAAAUGGAGAUAACGGGAAGGAGUACUAUUCACACUUCAAAGGACGGGCUGAUUCAAUAUUGUCAAUGUGUUCAAGUUACUAUGACAUGAAGGGAGAAGUGCAGGAUUUGGAUGACGAAACAAAGAGUGAAUUUGCUCAAGCUAACAAAAACAAUGUGAACGUAGUUGCAUUUGCCUGCAAACGUACACAGGUUGUUGAACUUGAUGAAAAUGGCCUAACAUUCAUUGGUAUGUUUGUCUUAGAAGAUAAUUUCAAUCUAGACAACAUGAGGCAAGGAAUUGAGAUUCUGAAAGAAGGUGGAGUGAAGAUGAUAUUUACCUCGGAAGAAGAUGUUGAAGUGCUUCGUGCCAUUGGUGAUGAAACAGGAUUGCUCAACUCACAUGAUGCUCUAGUAGUUAGGGGUGAAGAUGCUACGAAGGAAAAUGUUGAGAAAAUUUGCAUUAUGGGAAAUUCCUCUCCCACACACAAGCUUCUUUUAAUAGAGGAGUUGAAGAAAAGAGAAGUGGUGGCUGUGGUAGGAGAACAAGCAUCUGAAAGUAAUGUGGUUCUUGAAGCAGCUCAUUUUGGCCUGCCUGUGGUGACUAACUGGCCUGAAACUAUAACUUAUGUGAUUAACAGCAUCAGGGGAGGAAGAAUUGUUUGUGAGAAUCUGAGGCAAUUCAUCCAAGUUGAGUUAAUCCUGGCAAUCAGUAGCUUAUCAAUAAACUUCAUACUGGUUAUAUUAGACGGAGAUGCCCCGUUAACAUUCAUUCAGUUGGUAUGGGUUAACCUUCUUGUUACAUUUAUUGGAGGGCCAGCUUUGCUAAUUACUCAGCAGGCCACAAGAGAACUAAGGGAUAAGCUUUCUAUCAGACCAAGAAAACAGCCAAUUACCAAGGGCAUGUUGAGAAACAUAAUUCUUCAAGUUUCUUAUCAGACUGGUAUUUUUGUAUUCCUUCAACACAGAGGAAGUGCAAUACUGGGCAUCACUCCAAAAGUUAACAGAUCUAUAGUCUUUAACGGGUUCGCUCUGUGCCAGCUUUUUAACAUAUUCAGUGCAAGGGAUUUGGAGCAGAAGAAUUUUUUCAAAGGUCUCGGUCAAAAUUACUUGUUUUGGGCAUUGUCUGGGCUCUAUCUUGUGUUGCAGUUUGGAUUCAUUGAAUCAGAGGCUUUCUUGUUUAGCAACACGGCACGACUGAAUUGGAAGCAAUGGGCUGAAUCCAUUUUAAUUGGAGUUGUAACAUGGUUGCUUGAUGUGAUAGUAAAAUGGGCAUCACAAUACAUAAAGAUGGACAAAUAUUGUGACUGUGGAGUUCUUCACCUAGCUAGAAACUGGGUACAGGAUUGGUUUGCCAGAGUUAAUUGCUGUGACAGUGGACCAAGAAGUACACCAAAUCCAACUCUUGCUUCGUUGGAUUCUCCAAGAUCCUCUAGUGGAAAGGACUGGAUAACUAAUAUAACACGUCGUGUUAAACCAACCAAGGAUAGAACUAAUACUUUGAUGGAUUAA